AGUCUGUGGAAAGGGUAGUCACAUUAUAUACUUCCACAAUUAACAAGGUGACUGAAAUUAUAUUUGCCUAAUACAAUGCAUUUCAGGCACUUUAUUGGCAUGCUAGAUUUACGGAAGAGCAACUGGUGAAACUGGACAUAGUUGGAUGGAUGAGGAAGGGAUAUUUUUAAAUACCGAAUUUUUUUUUGGAUUAUUUUAGACGUGACACUGUUUUCUUCAUAAAGGCUUUCGAUAUGCCGUUGUUCGCCCCAAAUCCGUUUGACCAAGAUGUGGAGAAAGCAACAAGUGAAAACAACACAGCAGAUGACUGGGGCCUCAUCAUGGAUAUAUGUGACCGUGUGGGGACGAUUCCGAAUGGAGCUAAAGAGUGCCUGCGGGCCAUCAUGAGGAGAGUCAACCACAAGGUCCCUCACGUCGCCAUGCAGGCGCUGACCUUGCUGGGUGCUUGUGUAUCCAACAGCGGAAAGAUCUUUCACCUUGAAAUAUGCUCACGGGACUUUGCCACUGAAGUCAGAGGUAUUCUGAACAAGGCCCACCCCAAAGUUUGUGAGAAACUCAAGGCCCUCAUGGUAGAGUGGGCUGAGGAAUUCCAGAAGGACCCCCAGCUUAGCCUCAUUGGUGCCACCAUCAAGUCCUUGAAGGAGGAAGGUGUGAGCUUCCCGUUCUCCGGCCCGCAGAGUUCCUCCACAGUGAAAUCUAGCACCCCUGCAGCAGGCAAACCUUCAGACGAAGAUGACUUGGCUAAAGCCAUUGAGCUGUCGCUACAGGAGCAGAAGCAUCACACAGACACUCGGGCGCUGACGGUGCCCGUGGACCCCCCCUUCAACAGCGGCACCCCUCAGGACGCCCGUAAGGUGCGAGCCCUCUAUGACUUUGAGGCGGCGGAGGACAAUGAGCUGACUUUCAAGGCGGGGGAGCUGGUCAUCAUCCUGGAUGACAGCGACCCCAACUGGUGGAAAGGGGAGAACCACAGAGGUAUUGGCCUUUUCCCCUCCAACUUUGUCACCACCAACUUGAAUGCAGAACCUGAACCAGCUGUCUUUGUGGAACAUGGAGCUCCUCCUGAAGAGUCUAUUCAGGACACCAAGCUGGAGCCUCAGGUCGUGGUUAUAGAUGAGGAGAAGAUGGACAGAACACUCUACCUGCUGCAAAACAAAGACCCUGCAGAUGGAGGGCCUGACAGCCCAGAGCUGCUUCAUCUCGAGGAUGCCUGUGAGAAGAUGAACCCAUUAAUCGAUGAGAGGCUAGAAGACAUUGACAGGAAGCACUCUGAGCUCUCGGAGCUGAACGUGAAGGUCCUGGAGGCCCUGGAGAUGUACAACAAACUGAUGAACGAGGCGCCCAUCUAUUCCACCUACUCCAAGAUGCAGCCCCAGCCUCACUACGUGGCCCCCGCUCCGGGCGUCACCCUGCCGGGUUACCCAGGCCAGCCUCAGGGUGGUGCAUACAUGCCAUCAGGAAUAGCGCAGGGCCCCCCCGGUCCGGCCUAUAAUCUGGGCCCCGAGCAGCCCGCGUCCCUGCACUCCCUCCCCCCACCCACCGGCACGUCCGGCAGCAGCCAGCCCCAGCAGCCGCCCUACACUGGUGCUGUAAAUCCAGCAUACAUAGGUCAGCCACCGGGUGGCCCCACCUCUUACCCGCAGCAGAUGGGUGUGGCCAUGGACAUGUCAGCCUAUCAGAACACUAACCCCAGUAUGCCCCCAGGCGCUUAUCAAAUGGCAGCUCCAGCUCAUGCCGCCCCACAGCCGCAAACUACCUACUACCAGCAACCUCUCCUCUAAGCCUGUACAGUAAAGUCAGACUUCAGUACCCCAGAGAAACCCAUCCGAAGCAACAUCAGUUAGUUAACCUGCACAUCUUUCUUCUUUAUUUUUGUUUUCCUCCACUGCUUUAUUGUCGUGUUGAUUUCAGUUUUUGUGCUCACAGGCAGGAGGGUGCUGCCUUCUAUGGGCCUAGUUAAGGUGAUGAACAGCAGCCAUGUUUAGUAGCUUUGGCAAAGCAUGGGCACAUGUUCCAGUUUUGCUGUGUACAUUCAACUUUAAAUUUAGUUAGCUGCUAAUUUCACAGGAAGAUGUUGAUUAAGUGUCCCGUUCUUUGUACAUCCCCGCUAAGCUGGAGCUUUGGAACCAAGCUUUUCAUUUCAUUCUGUUCAUUAGUCAGAGCCUGUGACUCCCUGAGACUGUAAACUCACUACACAGCUGAACAUCUUCACCUUCAACAUUGCGACUCCCUUGUUUCUCCACUUCUGCAAAAAUAGCUGCAUUUUGAAGUCUCAACCUCUGGACACUAUGAGAAUUUAUGAUGUACCCAUAUUACCCCUUAGUCAGUGGGAUUGGUGGCGUACGUUUGCAAAAGGGUUGCAUCAUUUGAAGGAGUUUACAUUGUGGAGGCAAUACACAUUUUCUAUCUUUUUUUUUUUUCCUUCAAAUGAACAUAAGCAUGUGAACGAGAAUACAGUUUUAGAAGUUAAAAUAAUGGAAAGAAUGAAUCAUUUUACCUUUCCCAGGUUAAUGAGGUUAUCUGGUAAAAUGCAGUGGGUGCACAGUAAAUGGAAACUGCACGCGUGUUCAGCUGGCUCUGUAAAGGUUAACCAUGCCUACCUUGUUAAUGUGCCAAGUCUUCAGACACCUUGGGCUUAGGGUUGGGGUUAGAGCCCCCAUUGGAGCUGCACUGGAGCAUUGCUCAGUGACGGGCUUGCCGUCAGGGACACACAAAAGCUCCUUGGUACAUGUUUCCUGCAUGUGUAAUUGCCCCAAGUGAUGUGACAGGUCUGCUUUUGGGGCAAAUGCUGGAGGCCUGAGCGGUACACACCCACUGGCUCAGAAUGCCACAGAGAACAGCCUCUGAUAUGCAAGUCCUAGUUGUCUCUGCACUCUGAGAGAAGCUGUCUUCAGGCUUUAAUUUAAUUCACUGUAAAUGACUCCUCUUGUACUGCAGUUUGUACUUUAAUUGUAAUAUUUUCUUUAGGGCGGACAUUUGUUACUGGGUCACCUCUGUUUCCCAAAUGUAAAUCAAAUCUUUCUGGUCUGCUUUUUGUUUUUCUAUACAAGCAGGAUGAAUACAUGUAUAAUCCACACUGACUAAUUGCUGAUCAAAUGUUACCGAUCUGUUAAUAAUGUUAAAAAUAUAUAUAUUUAUGUGCUAAAGAGACACAGUCAAACUAAUUAGUAGAAACUUUUUUUUAUCUUUAAAUUUUAGAAUGGGGGAAAAUCCUGCAGAGUAGUUCAGUUGUGCUUUUCUGCAGCAGUUAUGAUACAUGAUAAAAAUCAAUGUAACCCUUCUGUAACCUUUACAAAAUCUGUUGUAUAUUAGAUGUAAAAUAUCUCGCAUUAGAGGGAUUGCACCUUAAAUUUAUAAGCAUUUCUUUGCCAUUGGAUGCCUUGUUUUCUUUAAAAAUUGAAAUAAAAGAAUUCAUUCCAGAAGCUGCUGUGUGUUUAGAGUGUAAAGAAGGGUUUUUGGGACCUCUUUGUCCACGAUUGUCAUAUUCUCUUGUACUUCAUGUUUUAUAUCUUUAGGGUCCUCUGUAUCUUAUCUUGUCAUUGUAUAUUGUUCAAUUUGUAACACCCAGAGAAUACUAAACAGCCUUUAAAAUUAAAAUGACUUUGUGUUUCAGCUAUGGUUGGUUGAUAUGUAUAAUUAUACCCUGUAAUACCCCUUUUAUGCUUUUGAUGUAUAAUAUUAAACGUGAGUAAUUUCAGGUUGAGCCCUGUUCAGCA